UCGGGCGGGUGAACGCGAUCUACAGCGAAGAGGGGUAUUUGUUUGUUUGUUUGUUUGUUUUUGUUUUUGUUUUUUUGUUUUGUUUUUUUUCCCAAGCAAUAUGGCUGGUGAGUGGGGCUGGGGACGCUGGCACAGGCUCUCCAAGGCUCCUAAAUGCUAGCUGAAGCAGAUGGCACCGUUCCCCAUGGAAGCGACAGCUCUAUGAGGACAAGCAAUAUCAAUAAUAAUAUAAACCCGGACUCUUCAAUCUUAAUCUCCAAGAUGGAAGACGUUGUCAUCCCGUUCUCGUCUGAGGUGCCCUGCGACAAUAAUGGACAGCGCAUGUGGUGGGCAUUCCUCGCCUCCUCCAUGGUGACGUUCUUUGGGGGUCUCUUCAUCAUCCUGCUAUGGAGGACCCUCAAAUAUAUGUGGACUGUUUGCUGCCAUUGCAACAUCAAGAACAAGGAGGCUCAGAAGGUGAACAACCCCGCCAACAAUCAGGCAGCAGACAGGGCACCAAAGGGUCCUGAUGAGAAGGAGGAGGCCCCAGCCAGCGAGGUGGGAUGGAUGACUUCAGUCAAAGACUGGGCCGGCGUCAUGAUCUCCGCUCAGACACUCACUGGCAGAGUUCUGGUGGUGUUGGUCUUUGCGCUCAGCAUCGGGGCCCUUGGAAUAUACUUUAUAGACUCCUCAGAUCCUAUAGAAUCCUGCCAGAACUUCUACAAAGAUUUCACGUUACAGAUCGAUAUGGCCUUCAACGUCUUCUUCCUUCUUUACUUUGGCCUGCGGUUUAUAGCAGCCAACGAUAAGCUGUGGUUCUGGCUGGAGGUCAACUCUGUUGUCGACUUCUUCACUGUUCCUCCUGUGUUUGUCUCUGUCUACUUAAACAGAAGCUGGCUCGGUUUAAGAUUCCUGAGAGCACUAAGAUUGAUACAGUUCUCGGAAAUCUUACAGUUUUUGAAUAUCUUGAAAACAAGCAAUUCCAUCAAGCUGGUGAACCUGUGUUCUAUCUUCAUAAGCACAUGGCUCACAGCUGCUGGAUUCAUACAUUUGGUGGAAAACUCAGGGGAUCCUUGGGAAAACUUCCAAAAUUCCCAGUCACUUUCCUAUUGGGAAUGUGUCUACUUGCUGAUGGUGACUAUGUCUACAGUGGGCUACGGGGACGUCUAUGCAAAAACCACCUUGGGGCGCCUGUUUAUGGUCUUCUUCAUCCUUGGUGGUUUGGCCAUGUUUGCCAGCUACGUCCCUGAAAUCAUAGAGUUAAUAGGAAACCGCAAGAAAUAUGGUGGUUCCUAUAGUGCGGUUAAUGGGAGAAAGCAUAUUGUGGUCUGUGGUCAUAUUACCCUCGAAAGUGUCUCCAACUUCCUCAAAGACUUCCUACACAAGGACAGGGAUGAUGUCAAUGUAGAAAUAGUUUUUCUCCAUAAUAUUUCCCCUAAUCUUGAGCUGGAAGCCUUGUUCAAACGCCAUUUUACCCAAGUGGAGUUCUACCAGGGAUCUGUGCUCAACCCUCACGAUCUGGCCCGAGUGAAGAUCGAGUCAGCAGAUGCCUGCUUAAUCCUAGCCAAUAAAUACUGUGCAGAUCCCGAUGCUGAAGAUGCCUCCAACAUCAUGAGGGUCAUUUCAAUCAAGAACUACCAUCCCAAGAUCAGAAUAAUCACACAGAUGCUACAAUAUCACAACAAGGCCCACCUGCUGAACAUUCCAAGCUGGAACUGGAAGGAGGGCGACGAUGCUAUCUGCUUGGCAGAGCUGAAGGCAGGCUUCAUUGCCCAGAGCUGUCUGGCUCAGGGCCUGUCCACAAUGCUAGCCAACCUGUUCUCCAUGAGGUCCUUUAUUGAGAUUGAGGAGGACACAUGGCAGAAGUAUUACCUUGAAGGAGUGGCUAAUGAGAUGUACACAGAGUAUUUGUCCAGUGCAUUUGUGGGCCUCUCCUUCCCCACUGUCUGUGAGCUGUGUUACGUGAAGCUGAAGCUGCUGCUUAUUGCCAUCGAAUACAAGUCUGAGCAGAGAGAGAGCAGAAGCCGAAAGCGCAUCCUCAUCAACCCGGGCAACCAUGUCAAGAUGCAGGAGGGAACGCUGGGAUUCUUUAUUGCCAGUGAUGCUAAAGAAGUAAAGAGAGCUUUUUUCUACUGCAAAGCUUGUCAUGAUGACAUCACAGACCCUAAGCGGAUCAAAAAGUGUGGCUGCAAGCGACUGAUUUAUUCCAAGAUGUCCGUCUACAAACGAAUGAAACUGGCAUGUUGUUUUGAUUGCGGCCGUUCAGAGCAAGACUGCUCUUGCAUGUCAGGCAGUGUACAUAGUAACAUGGACACCCUUCAGAGGGCCUACCCACUUUCCUCUGUCUCUGUUCAUGAUUGCGCAACCACUUUACGUGCAUUCUCCUCAGCCAAAUAUAAGUAUAAUGGAUAUGUCAGAUCACCAGCAGAUGGCGCUACAACACCAGGGAACAGUGGAAGUCAAAAAGAGGCUGGCGUUCGAUUCAAAGCUGAUUGCAAUUUAGUUGAAGACGAGCAUCCAUCAACUCUCUCGCCCAAAAAAAAGCAGCGCAACGGAGGGAUGCGAAACUCACCCAACUGCUCGCCCAAGAUGAUGAGUCGACAUGACCCCCUUCUAAUUCCUGGAAACGAGCAAAUUGAGAACAUGGACAUGAACGUGAAGAGGUAUGAUUCGACAGGGAUGUUUCACUGGUGCCCAUCAAAGGACAUCGAAAAAGUCAUCCUGACCCGGAGUGAAGCCUCCAUGACAGUGCUGAGCGGCCAUGUAGUGGUCUGUAUAUUUGGGGAUGUCACGUCCGCUUUAGUGGGGCUGCGAAACUUGGUGAUGCCUUUAAGAGCCAGCAACUUCCAUUACCAUGAGCUAAAGCCUAUAGUUUUUGUAGGCUCGCUGGAUUACCUGCGGAGAGAGUGGGAAACUUUACACAACUUCCCCAAGGUGUCCAUCUUACCUGGUACACCAUUAAGCCGGGCAGAUUUAAGGGCUGUCAACAUCAACCUCUGCGACAUGUGUGUAAUACUGUCAGCCAAUCAGAACAAUAUCGAAGAUGCCUCACUGCAGGAUAAGGAAUGCAUCUUGGCAUCACUCAACAUCAAAUCUAUGCAGUUUGAUGACAGCAUCGGAGUCUUACAGGCUAAUUCCCAAGGUUUCACGCCUCCUGGAAUGGACAGGUCAUCUCCAGACAGCAGUCCAGUACAUGGCUUUGUUCGUCAGGCUUCCGUCACCACAGGAUCCAACAUCCCCAUCAUCACAGAACUAGUGAACGACUCAAAUGUUCAAUUCCUGGACCAAGAUGAUGAUGAUGACCCGGACACAGAGCUGUACCUCACUCAGCCCUUCGCCUGCGGCACCGCCUUCGCUGUCAGCGUACUCGACUCCCUGAUGAGCGCAACGUACUUCAAUGAUAACAUCCUCACACUGAUUCGGACGUUGGUCACAGGGGGAGCCACACCAGAGCUGGAGGCUCUGUUGGCUGAGGAGAACGCUCUCAGAGGAGGCUACAGCACACCACAGACACUAGCCAACAGAGACAGGUGUCGUGUCGCCCAGCUAGCCCUCUACGACGGGCCAUUUGCCGACUUGGGGGAUGGCGGCUGCUACGGGGAUUUAUUCUGCAAGGCACUGAAGACGUACAACAUGCUGUGUUUUGGAAUCUACAGAUUAAGAGAUGCUCAUCUCAGUACACCAAGCCAGUGUACAAAACGCUAUGUGAUCACAAACCCACCAUACGAGUUUGAGCUGGUGCCCACAGACUUGAUCUUCUGCCUCAUGCAGUUCGAUCACAAUGCCGGCCAGUCCCGGACAAGCUUGUCCCACUCUUCCCACUCCUCCCAUUCCUCCAGCAAAAAGAGCUCCUCCGUCCACUCCAUCCCGCCCUCCAACCGGCAGAACCGCAGCAGUAAGACCCGGGAGGCCCGCGACAAACAGAAUGCAACAAGGAUGAAUAGAAUGGGCCAAGAAAAGAAAUGGUUUACAGAUGAACCAGAAAAUGCCUACCCACGGAACAUUCAGAUCAAGCCCAUGAGCACUCACAUGGCCAACCAAGUCAACCAAUACAAAUCCACUAGUAGUCUGAUUCCACCAAUCAGAGAAGUUGAAGAUGAAUGCUGAACACCAGGUUUUCUUGCUGACUCACCAGACAUCUAUACGCUCUUUCAGAAGACACGGGAAGAGAUCAUGAGUGGAGGAGGGAUGAUGAUGAUGAUGAUGAUGAUGAUGACGAUGAUGAUGAUGAUGACAGGGAUGUUGAAGACUGACACAUUUCUCUUCACUCAUUCUUCUAAUUAAGGGUUCUGCAGGAACCCAAACUGGAAGGGACCUCAUAUGUGUAUACCUUUAAUGUUACUUCCAUGCUCUUGGACAUUGUUUUAUUUAUUAAUGUAUCCAUAGAGAUGUACAUAAUGACAAUCAAAUAAGGAUUGUACAGUCCCUCCCCCUAGCACUUUUUGGAAUUAUUUUAAGAGUUGACAAAAAAAGUACUUCCUGUAAUUCUUUGCAAUAGUUCACCUCUUCAUGUGACCAGACUCCAUGGUUAAGGUGACUGGUUAUUGGAGGAUGAGGGUUGCAGCGAUAAACUGAUCAUAUCAUCUCCCAAAGAUCUGCCCAGAUGCGUCAUGUCAAACCAGCUGGGUUCAUCAACUUCAUAUCUGCUGUCUGCUUCUUUUCUAUUUGCACUAAAACUGAAAAAGUUUCUUUUGACAGAACAACUGGAACCAUCAGAUCCCCCCUGUUAAAUGUCUCAGAGGAGAUGAAGGAAGGGAGGAAGGAAGGGCGGGGCUGCUUGGCUUCAAAUGCAUACUAAUCUUGUUCUUAGGUUGCUAUACAUCAUAUCAUUGCUUAAGGUUUGCUACUUCACCGUUGACCUGUCAUGUUGAGUGGGAGCAUUCCAGUCCUGCAGAACAAAAUCCUAUUGCAAAACAGUAGUCUAAAAACUCAGAGAAUGGUGCAGUUUUGGUGUAUGCUGGCUGAAAGAGAAUCCUGUACCUACACGUCGUCUGCUGAUACGUCAGAUCAUAAAGCCUGUGACUCUGUUUUAAGCUCCUAUCGCAUGAUAUGUGUCUGAGCCCCUCUAUAACAGAUACACUGUGGUUGAUCAACCAGAAUACAUGAGGAGGAUGGAAAACAACUUGCCCUGUCCUUCCUGCGUUCAGGAGCAUUUAUGUACAUGCUGUGUGUGUGUGUGUGUGUGUGUGUGUGUGCGUGCGUGUGCGUGUGUGUGCGCGUGCACAUCGCAGCCACUUGUCCUUCUGGUGCUGCACUGAUCAGUGUUGUCACCCCCCAUUGGUUUGUAUGUGAUGGUGCACCUUUUUGAAGGAACAGCAUGAGGGAUUUUAGCUCUAAAAAUGAAAGCCAUGGUAGAAGAAUCCAGAGGGUUUGGAUCUACUAACAAAAAUAUUGUUACAUCAAAAACCAAACCAAAAUCCCCAACUAUGAUUGAGCCGAGCUUACACGAACAGCAGCUGCUUGCCCUUGCUUGAUACCUGCGGCAGAAUUGGGAUCACAAUGAAGAGUGGUGUAUUUUCUGAAUGUUCUGUCUGUUACAAAAAGAUUCAUGUCUGAUCAAAGAAAUGCCACAUAUUGCAUAAAAGUGGGCAUCAAUGGGUCCUCCUUCCGAAACUGCCUGGCACAGGGUUGGCACAGAGGCAGUAAAGAGCUUGGAUGUUCUCUGUUGCCAAUCCAGAUGUCACACGCCUCAAAACUCUCAGGAGUUAAGCUGCUGUGCUCAGUCCUCUAACGUGGGGAAAUGCUCAAACAUAGUUGGGGGGAAAUGCAACAAUGCCACAGACUGCUAAUAAGGACACUGGAGAGGAAUCUGUGUUCUUUAUGCUAGACUGUGUGCGAUGAGAGUGUAUUUUGCACGUGUAGGCGCCGAUUGAUCCAAAUCCAGCUGUGAUAGUGAUGGAGGAUUGAAGUGGUAGCCUUGUACUCCUAAUACAUAAACUUCAUACAAAAAUGUAGUUGGAUUUAUACAUUUAAACAUAAUUAUUUUGUAUCCAUAAACAUAAUCAAUUUGUACUUAUUUUUCUAGACAAGAACCAAGUGAAAAGUACGAUACUGUAGGAGAUAAAAGAAGACUUAAUUAUCUUUAAUUACAGUUACAUAUCAAUGGAUUUUGUGUUUGACUAUAUCACCGUUUAUUUCACAUCGUACGAAAACAAAAGAUUAUUUUUUUAUCCCCCUCUCUAACAAACUGUAUCGCUCUGGAGCUAGUAAAGCUUAGACUAGCUUGCAGUGUGAAACCACCAUCUUCAGCCUGGCAGCUCGGCUCUGUUAGGUGCUUGUAGAAAAUAAAUUUAAGGCUCAUCUGAAGCCCCUUUUUUUUUUUGUUGCAUAGAUGAGCCGUGUCUACUAAAUAAUGUGUCUACUACUAAGCAUCCCUUGCUGUGAACAUGCAGAUGGAAAGAUAGAAAGGUGUACAGGAAUUCUGUAUUGGGGGGGAAAAUGUAUUUAGAUGGAGAACAGAUCAGAGUGGUAAUAAUAACAACGAGAAGAUCAUAGAGCUGCUUGCUCUGUGUGCAGGCCAGAAGUGAAUGACCUUCAUUAGAUGUGUUCGACCUAAAUUAGGUCCCUAGUGUGGAGGGAAAGUGCACACACAACAGCCCAGUCUGCUGUUGUUUUCCACGAAAUAAGAUUUUAAAUAUGACAGGGAGUCGCUCUCUGUGUAUUGCAAUGAUUCUCCUCUAUAGGCUGUAAAGGAAAAGUAAUUCGGAAAAAAAGGAACCAUUUUGGAAUAUGGAAAAGAACAUAAUAUUGUGCUAAAUAUGUUUGUGUAAAUUCAACCCAUUAUAUAGACCACGUUUCUUUCUCAAACAAAUUGAUCUGAGCUUCAAUGUCCGUCUAUUGGGUGUGGUGCAACUAUACUGAAGCCUCAUACACAUUGUCCUGAAGUGAACUUUUGAACUGUGAUUACAUUGUUGUCACACUUUGUAGCAAAUAGAUUUCUUUUCAGAAAAUAUGUGAGUAAAAUGUAUGUACAAUUGGGUUGUUAAUGGCAUACUUGCUAGCCUGAACAAUAAGGAACUAUUAAUAUUUGAUAAUGGCGAUGACUCAUUAUACAUAGAAUCGACGAACUGAUUGUUAUGUUUAAAAAAAAAAAAAAGACAAAUGUGUAUCUUGAAAAUGAAAGAUCCUGGAUUCACUACAAAUGCGGGGACUAUUGAAGUACUGUAUGUGACACAAGGAAAAGCCAGGCAGAAUUUGAUCUGGUUCGUCAGCUAUCACAAAGAUGGAAGGUAGCACCAAUUCAGCAAAGUUUAUCAAAAGAGAGAACAUCCUUACUUUUCCUGUUCUUAUUACUUUGUGUUGUUACGGGGUUUACAUUCCAUUUUGUCAGCUUGUCAUUAUCUG